AUGCCGCCCAAACGUGCUACACGCCGUGCUGGCGCAACUCCUCAACGACCACAUCAGGAACCUGAAUUUGAGUCAAUACUCGACCUUGUGCAAGGGCCUGUUUUGCCCAGUGUUCCAGUCCAAGCAUCAUUCAAUUAUGGCGCUGCUACUACCACAGCAUUACCUCAGCGCAUGUCGAUCCGACCCAACAUGGGGAUAGAUCAGAUAGCUGGGGUAGUUGAUGCCCGUCUUGAGACUGCUCGAAAGCGAACAGCCGCUACGAAGAAGAAGCAAGGCGUUCAAGCACGCCAGCCAAAGCGUGAGCCAACCCCCGACCAAACCCAGCUUCAGCAGUCGCUGCAUAAUGCAGUAGACGAACACUCCGAUAAGACUCCUUCGCCUCCGGUUCCACAUUCGAUCUCUACGGACUCUAGUCCUGACGCUCAACCCCCAUUGCAACGACACUUGUCAAACUCUCCGCUUUAUCCAUCGCCGCUUCAACGGAUGGGAUCUCCUCGUAUUAAUAAUCCUCCGGGCAGCAGCUCGCCAUUCCGCCACAGCUCCGUUGAUAAUGUUUCUGUCGCGUCUUGGAAUCUAGAACGUGAUAUUAACGAAGAUGACCUACAAAGAACGCGGCCAAGCAAACAUGGACGCAACAUCACAGCGCCCCCUCGACGAAUUUCUGGCCUGGCUAAUGUUCUCGAGGAGGAUGAGGAAGACACCGAGUUUGAACCGGCGAUAUAUCAAGAUUUCGAGCCCGACAUCCCCAAGGAAAGCGUUUUGCGUCGAUGGCUAGGAGCAGUGCGACCCCGACGUCGGGAGCCUGACAGUCAUCGGGAGCCAGAGAGUCGUCGGGAGCCAGAGAGUCGUCGGGAGCCAGAGAGUCGUCGGGAGCCAGAGAGUCGUCGGGAGCCAGAGAGUCGUCGGGAGCCAGAGAGUCGUCGGGAGCCAGAGAGUCGCAAUGAACCCCCCAGCGAGUCACAACGAAAAAGCUGGACGCAGACAUUUGAAGCAGCAAUGGAGGGCGGCUACCAAAAUUGGAUUCGGGCUGCGUUCUAUCUGCUUUUGUUUCUGAGCUUCAUCUUCGUGCCCCUCAUCGCCGCAAAGUUUCGUGAAUAUCUAGACCACGGUGCUCUGGAUUGGGAUUCCUCUUCGAACAUAAACAUAUCUAAACCGGAAGUUUUCCAUAGCCUUCGGAGUCAGGUAUCAAAAUUGGACGUUCAGAUGUCAUCCUUGUCGAAUGAGAUCAAUUCUGUUCGAUCAGAACAGUCGCUUUCCAACGUUCAUGAUUCAGCGCCCACAGAUGCAAACCUCCAUCGGAAGCCAGUCUAUAAGGUAAAUUUCCUCUCGGUGGCGUUGGGGGCAAUGAUUGACCCAGCCAAAACUUCACCGACUUUGGGUCCCAAACAGAGCGCAUCCUUACGAGCACUCCUGUGGGCGAGCUCGUUUGUUGCCAGGCGCUCCAUUCGAGCACCACAAUCUCCCAUGUCUGCCCUUACCACGUGGGAAGAGGUAGGCGACUGCUGGUGCAGUGCCCCUCGCAAUGGAACGACUCAACUAUCUGUACUUCUCGGCCGCGACAUCGUGGCAGAAGAGUUGAUAGUUGAGCACAUUCCCGUGGGCGCUUCUCUCGAACCAGAGGCGGCACCUCGAACAAUCGAGGUGUGGGCUCGCUUCAAAGUGAACCCCCACAAAAUACCAGUCAAAGCCAAACCAACACCCGAGGCUAAACCUGGCCGUGUUGGCUUCCUGAAAGUCUUCGGAGAUGCCACAGUGUCACAACCGCCACCGUCCACCCAGGCCCCUUCGUCCCGUGAAACGGGACUUGGAGGAUUCCUAAUCCCUGGAAUUGGCUCACUUCACGGGCUGGUAAUGGAUCUAUUGCGUCGGAGCAACCCCUUUGAGCCCCCUAGCGCUUACUCGGAUGACCCAAUUCUCGGCCCCAACUUCUACCGCAUCGGGAAAGUGGAAUACGACCUCCACGGCCCGGACUACGCGCAAGCAUUCAAGCUGAACACCAUCGUCGACGUGUCAACCAUCCGUGUGGACAAGGUUGUUUUCCGAGUGACUUCAAAUUGGGGUGCAAACCACACCUGCAUCUACCGAUUCAAAUUACACGGGCACCUCUAG